AUGAGUUCGACACAACAACAUGCCAAAGAAACAUUAGCAGCAGCUAUCGCCGAAGCUCAUAUAGCUCAUCGUGAGACACCAGAUGAUGAUCCAAUCAAGAAAGCUGAUAGAGAAAAUGAAGGUUGGCUUUCAGGUGAUCAAUUUACAAUUGCUGAAACUCCUAUUGCACAUCUCAAUGCAACACCAGGAACCAAAGAAUAA